GAAAUCAACGGUCCAAAUCCCUCUUCCCACACUCUCACAGUCUCACCGAGUCGUUCAUUGUUCAUAUGGUGAGUUGCUCACUUUCAUAGCAGCUCGAUCCAUAACAUACACCUCUUCCUACACUCUCAUAUAUCCAAUGGUUCAGAUUCAAUUUUCCUCUCCAGAUUAAAUCCACACCAUACGCUGCCACUCCCUCCUCACUCACACACGCACUCUCAUUGAAGAACUCCGUCGACGCCACCAUCUUUUUCCGGCGAGCCAAACCGUCACCAGAUUGCAUCCCCAUCGCCGCCGUGGAGCUGUCCAGAGUGCAUCUCUGCAUUUCUACGGUCUUCCUCUUUCAGUAGAUAGAAGUGCCGUUGAUGUAAACUUGACAAGUAUUAUGGGCUUGGUGGCAGUCACAUGGAUGAAUUGUCUAAGAAGGCGUCUUCCACAAAAAACAAGGUUUCUUCACACCUUGAAAGGCCGUCAAUCAGACCAAAUUUUAAUGUCUCCUUCUCUUGCAUCUCUGGACCUUCCUGACACCUGGACUCCUAAUUCUUCAUGUCAGAGUAUUCCAGACAUACGUAAAAGCUUUAAUGAGAAAACUCCUACGGUGAUUGAUGGAAAGUUGAUGGCAACGGAAAUUAGAUCUAAAAUAGCUGAUCAGGUAAGACAAAUGAAGAAAUGUCUAGGAAAAGUUCCUGGGUUAGCUGUUAUUUUAGUGGGCCAGAGGAGGGAUUCUCUUACUUAUGUUCACAACAAGAUAAUUGCCUGUGAAGAAGUUGGAAUGAAGUCCGUGGUGACUGAAUUACCUACUGAUUGUGCAGAUGCUGAUGUUCAAAAUGCUGUCAUGAGAUUUAACAAGGACCCAUCAAUUCAUGGGAUUCUUGUCCAGCUUCCUCUACCACAACAUCUGGACGAGGAAAAGAUUUUGGAUGCUCUAUGUCUUGAAAAGGAUGUGGAUGGUUUUCAUCCUCUUAAUAUGGGGAAUCUUUCUCUAAGAGGAAGGGAGCCAUUGUUUAUCCCUUGUACUCCAAAGGCCUGCAUUGAGUUGUUGAUCAGAUCUGGAGUUAAGAUUAUGGGGAAGAAGGCCGUGGUGAUAGGAAGGAGUAAUAUUGUUGGUCUUCCAACAUCGUUAUUAUUGCAGAGACACCAUGCAACAGUCACCAUCGUACAUGCAUUUACAGAAAACCCUGAACAGAUCACCUCAGAUGCUGAUAUUGUAGUUUCGGCUGCUGGAGUUCCUAGCUUGGUCCGAGGCAACUGGAUAAAGUCUGGCGCAACUGUGAUCGAUGUUGGCACAAGUCCUGUUGAGGAUCCUAGCUGCGAGGAUGGCUAUCGUCUAGUAGGUGAUGUAUGUUUUGAAGAAGUCAUAAAGGUGGCAUCCGUUAUUACUCCUGUGCCUGGUGGGGUUGGACCAAUGACAGUUACUAUGCUUCUAGUUAACACUUUAGAUUCUGCUAAACGUAUGCUUAAUUUUACUUGAUCUAUUCCCUUUGUGUUAUUUUUUUGAAACGGUUCCCUUUGUGUUAUUAUAGAACAUUUUGUUGAAUUUGGCUCUUUAGAAAAUUCUAGAGAAUUCUAGUCUUCAACUUAUUUUUUGACUGAGUCAAUAAUUUUCUAUUAUACUAGAAAAUUCUAGUCUUUGUAUUGUCUCCAUCAAAAUGGGAAAUCAAAUACUAGAAAAUUCUAGUCUUCAACACUACAUAGUGUGACGUGUAUUUUGUGCAAAAUCUCCUCAACAAUAUGUCCCAUCCAAAUGAUAAAGUUGUCCCUACAUA